AUGCCACAUCUUCCCCCGGUAGUUGUAGCUACUCUUUUGACCGUCACAGGCGGAUGGAUUCCUGGCUUCGGAAGUUGGGGUCCCAACGUUACCCAAGCUCCGCAGGGCAACCGCAGUGAUCCGAACUUGUGGCUGCAGGCCGACGAUGGCUACGCUUGGGCCGAGGCAGCUGGCGAGGCUUGGUUCUCAGGGUCGGAGUCGAAGGAUGAGCCCGGGGCUUCAUUUCCUCGGGAUGUGUGGCUCGGGAUUGCUGCGGAUGCUUUCGUGAGCUUUUUGGGGUGGAUCAUCUUCGGCAGUGCUUGGCAAGGGGUCAAGAGUGGUUGCCAACGGGCUCUGCGGCUCAUCUUGCUGCUCCUGGUGUGUCUUAAGGCGCAUUACAUGUGGGCAAUUUGCUGGCCGGUGAUUUCGUUGUGUUCAGCUGUGCUCAUGGGCAUCAUUUGCAUUGUCCGGACCAUGGUGAAGAAACUAGGGACUUUGGUGUACUGGGCUCAGCGCGCGGCAGGAGGAGUCCCUGAAGCAGCAGGCGCCGAGUUUCUGGGGCCUGGGACCGGUCGAAUUCCUGAAACAACUGACCUCCGACCCUUCAAGAAAACUGGUUCUGCUGACAAGUGGGUGCUGGUUCGGAGGGAGGGCAAGAUCGCUGCUUUUAAAGUGGGGCCUGACAAUCAAACGAUUCGGACUCCAGGUUUGUUUGUGAGUCUGGAGGCCGACUCCAUGCGUGGCGAUCCAGACAUUGUGGAAGCCCGCAAAGGGACAUCUGAAGACAGGCAACAUUUCAAGGAAUAUGCACUGGCGCAGGACUUCAAUCCCGAACGUUUGCAGCUGAAGAAUUCUGAACUCGAGGCGGCGAAGGCCGGACGGACCCUGUGGACGUGGUUCUGGGCGACGGCCUCCGAGGCUAAGAAGGUCAGCCGGCUGGAGUUUGGUUCUGAGUUAGAGACUGAGGACUUCGCGCGUGACGCCCACAAGGUCAGAUGGUCGGAGGAGGAGCAAGAUGUGCGCCUCUCCAAGGGGCCUUGCAAAGACAAAGGGGCGAGGCUUUGCUCCGCCCAUGCCUUUGAGUACGAACGCAAGCGGGAGUUCGUUUACGCACAGCUUCCUCGACUCCUACACGGCGACGGUCUCCACGAACGACGAGGGUGGCCCUUCCUGCCGUUACGCGACCUGGCGACGAUCCCGAAGAACCUGAUCUUCCUCACGAACCGCAAGGAAGUCAUGUUGUUCCACGGGAAAUCUCCGGGGAGCACGCCGAAGUCCAGCAUUCAACGUAACUUGGCGUUGCUUGGCUUGCCCCGCGAUGUGGAUACCCCUUUGUUGGAAGAGUUCUUCAAUCAGUAUGCCGAAGGCCGGGGACUUGGUUUGGCCGAGGAGGAGGCGGGCGCCGCUCACCCGACGGACGAGAACCCUGGUACGAUCGAGGACAUCGCGAAGGCUAUCAAGUCGCAGACCGCGGAGAUCGCUUCUUUGGUCAAGAGUCACACGGACACAACCUCCGCUCCAUCAGGAAUGCUGAAAGGUCUGAACCCACAGUCGGAGGAGAUGGUCUUCUUGUUGCGUGCUUGCAAUCAGUACCAGGUCACAGUUGGCGCAGGUGAACAAGGACAGGCCUUGGCCAAUGCACUCCUGUCUGCCCAGAUUGGCCCUUACUGGGGUAGCCAGGAGAAGCACUCGUUAGGGGCCACCGAUUUCAUUCCCUACACCGAUGAGGAGCUGGAUGCCUUUACGCAUGCUGUGCUUUCUGAAGUUUGGGAGGUGUUGCACUGGCGUUUCCUGGAAGAGCUCAAGGAGAUUCUCCGUCUUCUCAAGGAGGAGGCCGGCAGGGAGACCAUGUUGUUGCAGGACAUCAAGUUCUUUGCUUUGCUGCCUAAUGAACAUGGUCAAGCGUGGUUGGAGCUCCCUCGCACCUUUGACCUCCUGAACCCAGAGGGCUGGUUUGCCACGGAAGUUGUCCCACGAAUCGAACGUCGACAGGAACGGAUGGUUUGGCGCAUGACUUGGGAAGGUGCCCGUCGGGGAGACAAAGGAGUUGAGAAGUUCGAAGCUGUCGACUACACCGCCGCGGAGGAGGAAGGAGGACGCACGAUCUGGCGACGAAGGCCCGCAACCUGGCCGAGGGCCCCGUACUCAGCCGCCUGUCGGACAUCGGAUGACCUUUACGAGUGGGCAGCGCAAACGACCUUUGAGGAGCUCGUGGGCGAGAUGGCGACAUACGGCAUCGGCGACAUGGCGGCUGAGGCUUCUGAGUUGCUGGAGUGUGAGCCAGACGACCUGGACAAGGUCAUGUCACCAUCGAGGGCAACCCUCCUUCUGGGACUACAAAGAGGCGUGCUACGACAGCCAGAUGAAGGGGUCGAAAAGAGGCAGUGCGUCACCAAAGCGAUUGCAGCGGGCAUUCUAUGGCGAAAGCUCGCCAGAGCCUUCUUUGGACGAGAUCGCCGACAAGAGUUGCAAAGUUCGUAUCAGGCACGCCAAGCAGCGGAAGCGCAGGCAGUUAUGGGUGAACCUGCUGACCGAGCGGCCCCCAUUGAGGCGGAGUUGCGCGUCUACACACACGAUAUGAUCCACGCCAAUCACGACAAGGACUUCCGGUGGUCGAAAGGCGGGGGAUCAGUCCAUUGUGGAUCCGUGCGCGCCACGCAAAGUGAGCAAGCAUCAAAGCCGGGGCUACACCUCUUCAAGCUGGGGUCCCUGUUCGUGGCGAUUCUUUGCGCUUGCAUGCGCUUGCAGGAGGUCUUCGUGGGUAAGGCUGCGUUGACUAAGGAGUGGCGGCAGGCCGGUUUGGCACGCAUGGAGCCGAUCGAGGUUUUUCUCGAUCCUCAUUUGCGUCAAGGUUACGCGGAGGCCUGUGACCUCACACUCCCCCACGUCGUCAAGGACAUGAUCUACAGCGCUAAGCGCGGCAAGGCCAAUGUACGGUGGCUUUCGCCUCCCUGCACGUCCUUUUGUAACCGGUCUUUGGAGAAUGGUAGGACCCGUACCUUUGAGUGCCCCGAAGAAGGCGCUAAUGGGGUUCCUUUGAAGGAUGUCGAGCACUUGGGCAAUUCCUUGGGAAGACUUCCUGGCAGGUUUGGAGGGCAACGCCUUUCCCAUCGCGGAGAGCACGGCUCGCAGUGGAAGGUACCCAAGAUGUGGGACCUGCCUUGGUGGAAAGCAAUUUUGGCCCGGCCAGACGUCGAGUUUGUGGAGUUCCCGACGCGCGCCCUUGGCUUGGGCCCGCCUGAAGGCGAUGGUUUCUAUCACCCAUGCGGUCUUUCGGAGGUGCACAAUUUUGGCUGCUGCUUUGUCGCGCAGGCCGGGCUUUAUGCCCAGGAGUUUGUCAAGGUCAUCGUUGGGGUCUUGAGCGCAGUGCUCGUUCCAGCGAAGGGGUGCGAGAGUGAUGAUUUGGAGAGUUAUGAACCAUCACCUCAGCAUCAACCUUUUCAGGGACCUCCUGGCUGGCUGGGCAGCCUCGAUGACGAGGAUGACUUGUACUUCAUGGACGCCAAGAAGGCAGCCGAGAAUUACAUCGACCACGUCAGCCAGCAAGGGGCCGGGACUUCGGGCGCUUGGGCAAGUAUGUGUGAGCAGGGGGCGCGUCUUCUUAGUCAAGCCGGUUCGGUUCGAGAGGAGGCGGAGAGCUUAUGGCAAGUUCGUGAAGAGAAGGGCCUCAACAAUCUGGCCGGAGUGGAUGAGAAAACCCUCGACACCAUUUUGCAACCCGACAUGCUUGCUUACACGCGUGAGGUUCGGCACAAGGGCUUGGCUGCGCGGUACAAUGGGUCCAGACAGCAUGUAUGUACCAAGCCCCACCCAAACGCUCGACGAAACUUGGACCAGGUCUUCAAGCAAAUCUGGAAGGACGUUGUGAAGCAGAGGGUUUUGGUUGUCUCCGCAAGUCACCCAGCUUUGUCGAAGGUCGUCUCAAGCCCUUUCAACGCGGUGGACAAGAUGCUCCCAGAUAGGUCGAUUGCCCCGGACAGCGUGUUGUACAUGAUCAAAGGGGGGUUGGUCCUCUGGAUCAAACGCAGGCUACCUGGAAUCACGGUCCUGCUCUCGAAGAGGGAAAUUGCUGCCGUUCGCCUGCUGCGGGUCGAUCCGGUGGAUGUUGACAUCUACCUCGUGAGCUCCUUUGGCUUUUCUGGCUCCCAGCGAAUGGACUGUGUGGGGUCGAGGGAUGAGGGACCCUACCGGCCGUUCCAGACGGCGCGGGGACUUGAUAUCGAAACGAAGUUCAAAGAAGUGCACUUGCCCGAGAGACGAAUCACAAGAGAAGCCGCUCUCCUGGCAGAAGGGGCCGGGGCGAAGGACAUAACCGUGAGGGACAUCCAACGCUUCAGAGGGAUUGCCACGGGCUGGACUGUCGUCGUCAAAGGGCUGAAGAAGAACGAGCUCAAAGCUGCUGAUAGGUUCCUUGGCUUGGAGGCGGACGGCGGCGCAAAGGCCAGACCAAAGUCUUGCUUUCAGGCGGAGGAUGAGGACCAGGCGUGGCGCGACUUGUGGGAGCUCUUUGAGGAGCGGAAGAUCAAGGAGGGGGCAGUUUUUGUGUCUUCAGACGCGACCAAGGUGAUCAUGGGGGCCAUCGAUUGGACCAACGGCAAGGUCAUGCGGAUGAACGCUUCGGCAGCAGCCCGUUGGGUAUGGCAACGCAACGAUCAUGAUGAUGACGAGGUUGCCAUUCAUGUCAUCCUUUACGGCGGUGAUAACCAAGUGGUUCGCCAAUGGAUCACUGAGAGGCAAAAUGGCACUGUGUCGGGGCGACUCAUGGCCAGGGUCCUCAACAUGAUCGAAAUGAGGAUGGUCCUUGGAAGUCGAUGGAUCAAACCCUUGAAGCUGGUGACAUUAUUGGGAUCAAGAUGGGCGACACAACCUGUAUGGCACGAGUGGACCAUUGUUGUGGCCUUUGCGGAAGUCGGCCUGGACGCGCAGAAGGCUUUGGUGGAACGGAACAAGGCGACUGGGGGGCACACGGCCAUGGCUUUGACACUGAUGGUGGUUUUCCACGCGCCCUUCCUGACUGACGAUGAUUGCCGAGCUGGAGGGUGUCCAGGCGAGGAGGACGAGGGAAAACAUGGUUGGCAUCACGCUGACAGCACGACCAAGCAGUAUGCGGGCAUCUAUGGCAAGUGGCGAGCUUGGUCCAGGCGACAGCGGUGGCACACGGAGUACCUCGACAAGUCACGGCGGGUUGAAGACAACGAAGACAAGAUCCUCGGCUUCCUGGGGUACCUCGGGUGGCUGGGACGCACGGUCGCCACCAUCAAGCAGGCGGUCUUUGCGCUCAAGGCAGCGACCAACACAAGCCAGGGUGAGGCAUCGGAUGUCUUUGACGCGGCGGUGAUUCGGGCAGCGGUCACCACAGCUUGGUUCUUCAUGUUGAGAGCCAAAGAGUAUUGCGACUCGAACGGCAUCGACUAUGCCGUGAUCUUGAGGGGUGUGGAUGUGAAGUUCAUCUUUGAAGAGGUGGAUGGCAUCCAGACCGUGAUCGGGGUGACCAUCCAGUUCAGGAAGACGAAAACCGACCAGGAGGCCUACGGCACGUGCAAAACGAUGUACAGGUCAGGUGAUCCCGAUUCGUGCGUGGUGGCCGCCUUGGAGGAGUUGAAUGCCUUGCACUCUUGCAUCCAGAAGGCUGCAAAGGCUCUUGCCUUGCCUGCUGAGCGCUUCAUGUCGCACUCGCUUCGCAUUGGAGGUGCUUCAGCGCUUUCUCAGGCGACGGGCGAGAUCGAGCUGGUCAAGAGAACAGGGCAGCCCACCCUCACCCACCCUGGGGGCACGGGGCCUGAAUGGGCCAUAAACUUCAACUUGAAGGGUGCAGUGGACGGCAUGAAAAUGGCUUUGAGUCCGCUGACCGUGUAUGCACCAAAGGGGGGCCGCGAUACGAAAGGUACGCUAGUGGCGAACAAGGGGCCGGGAAAGGGAGCGGUGAAGGGGGCGGUCAAGGGUGCGGUGCUAGCAGUGGGGUUUUUCGUGGAGAAGUGCAAUGCGGGAGUGAGGGGAUUGGGCGACGGAGGAGUCCGGGGGUAUCGCGGUGGGGAUAAGGUGGGCCGGCUGCGGGCCAGCAACAUGGACGUUUCUGCGGCGCUUGCACACUUGGCUUUGCCAAAGGCCUUUGCGACAAAGGUUUUCGCAUGUGUUUGCGAUAACGGGCUCCCUGCCUCCGUGCCUCCAACUAUUCUGCUACAAGCAAGCUUCUUCGCCAACUUCCUGAAGAUGUCAAUGUCCAAACGAUGA